AGCCAUUGAGUAUCAAGACGGUGGAGACGCAGCGAUGUUGCAUGUUUCAGUCAUGGGAUUUCUGCAACGGGCAGCAAGAAAUGAACUUCGGCGCGCAGCCGUUCCAGUAGCCGUCGUAGGCAGCAUGCGCAGAGGAUGGCAAACCUUGAAGAAGCGGCGAAGCUUUUUGACAUUGUCCCCGGCAGCAAAGGGGCAAACGGGUGAUGAUUUGAUAAUGGGGGAGCGCGCUGCGGCCAGAACCAAUCAAGCACUCAACAAGAUGCACGGCCUGAAGUUUAGGGGAGUUUGUCAGUUGCCACCUGGUUGCAAACGCCAGGCAAGAACUUGGUCACAUGUGCUUGACCAGUUGAGGAUCUCGGGGAUGUAUGUGGGCAAGAACAUGGCUGUGAGCAAGAAAGUAGCUGAUAACUUGGAGAAGGCGUUUGGAAAGGCCAAAAGCCCAGGACUCGGCGGUCCGCAGUGCAGAGAUGUGAGGGCGGUGGAGUUUGCUGAAGGUCCAAUUGGCUUGGAGAUUCAGUGGACGACCCCGCCAGUCGUUGUUGGUGUGGUGCCGGGUGGGGCUGGUGAGAAUGCAUCGAUCCAGAAAGGGCAAGCUUUGCUCGAGAUCAACGGCUGCCCGAUGACGGAGGCACUUCCUGAGAUGGAGCUUGAAGAGUUGAUGCAGCAGCGGCCGUUGCGGCUGGCAGUCGCCACCCUUGAGCGAGUCGCGGCUUCUGCGACGUCGAGCCGAGCAGACGCGGUGCGACACAAGGGCGUCACCAAGUUCCAAAGCGCAGUGGCAGUGCAGACCGCAGCAGAGGUGCUGGAAUUGGUGCAUGAGGAACAUCGCCGUUGUAUCCACGCGACCUUGCAAGACCACUCUUUGGCACAGCAGUUCUUUUCAAAUGUGCAAGUGCCCCGAGCCAGUGAGGGGGCGCCAGUCACGCGCUGGGACUUGCGCCUGCCCAUGGAACCCUUGAUCUACCGAGCUUUGGAAGAACUACUGGGCAGAAGCAGCGGCGAAGAGGGAGCUGGUGCCACCUUGGAAGACUUAGCGGGUCCUGAUGCAGAGCUUUGGGAGCUUGGAGUGGUCGUCACUGAGCCUGGCGCAGCUCCGCAAGCGGUGCACUUCGACGCUGCGGAGCGAUGUCUCUACACCGCCUUUCUGGCGUUGCAGGAUGUGACAUAUGAAAUGGGACCAACGCAUUUCUGGCCAGGAACCAACACUCCUGUGGCCCACAGACGCUUCGAAGACGACCCCGGCUGCUUGGAGGCUGUGCCACUUGCUGCGCCGCUUUUGCAAGCAGGAGACUUGGUGAUGUACGAUAGUCGCUUGCUGCAUUGUGGCGGUGGCAAUACUUCCACCCAGACGAGGGCACUCCUUUACAUUACCUUCCGCGACCAGCACCGGGACCCGCAGAGCUUGGGCAUCCAUCAGCACUCCAUUCGGCCCAGCUUGGCGGGCCGCUUCCGCUUGCGCCAGUUUCGUCCCUGAGCGGCUUCGUGCGCAGAGCCAGCGGCGCACUUCGUGCAGUUUCCACCGGUGGAGAGCAAGGGACAGCUGAACCCACGGCAGGUGAGUCCGUUUCCCCUGGUGAAUGGGCCUCAUCCCGAAGUACCUGGUGAAUGAGCCCGAAGCCGUUGGCUAGGAUCAGCUAGGCCCAGCUGCAGAGAAGGUGGUGGCGCAGUCGAGGAGA